UUAUACGGUGGCAAUCCAGAUUCCAGAGAGAGAGAGUCAAACUCAGAACUUACAAGCUUGACAGUGUCCAAGUUCCAAACCAAAGUGGUCACAGCUCUCAUGAGAAGUUGAAGAUGAGGCAACGGUUAUAUUCUGAAAAAUUUCCAGGAACUUUCAUUCGCUACAAAUCUGCUGCAAUCUAUCUCCUUUGGGCUCGUCUAGAUGUCUCCUGGUUAUGGGUUUGUUGGGAAAUCAGAAAAGCGCAUCAAGCAGUAUACCUUGAAUGAUAUUGAAUUAGAUUUAUGGCCAGAGCCUCCAACAUCAGAGAUAUCAUUCGAUCAAGAUUCCCAAUCUUUACUUCAAAUCCCACUCUCUGUUCUCUCUAUUCAUCCUUUUCAUCUUCUUCAUCGGCAUCAUCAUCUUUUAGUGCACUAAAUGGAAGUCUUCAACCUCUUCAGACAUGCCAUAACAUGAGGCAACUCUACCAAAUCCAAGCCUAUUUGAUCACUUCUGGUCUUUUCCAGGAUCCAUUUGCUGCCAGCCGUGUUUUGAAAUUCUCUGCGGAUUCAGGGGAUAUAGAUCACACUAUCUUGAUUUUCAGACACAUUGAUUUGCCUGAUACAUUCUGUUUUAACACUGUGAUCAAAGCCUAUUCCUGUGGCCCUGUUCCUUAUCAAGCUGUGAUUUUCUAUUUUGAGAUGAUUCGAAAUGGGUUCUUUCCCAAUAGUUUCACAUUCCCACCUCUCUUGAGUGCUUGUGCGAAGUCACAAUCUUCUGAACUUGGAGAGAAAUGCCAUGGACAGAUUGUUAAGAAUGGGGUUGACAGUGUUGUACCGGUACAGAACUCUUUGAUCCACAUGUAUUCUUGUUGUGGGUCUAUUGAAUCUGCUAAGCAGUUGUUUGAUGAAAUGCCUCAAAGGGAUUUGGUAUCUUGGAACUCCAUUGUUGAUGGUUAUGCAAAAUUGGGUGAUUUGGGUACUGCCCAAAUCCUGUUUGGUGUAAUGCCUGAGAGGAAUGUGGUUUCUUGGAACAUCAUGAUAACUGGGUAUUUGGACUGUGGGAAACCAGGAAAUUGUCUAAAGUUAUUUAGGGAGAUGAUGAAGAUUGGAUUGAGAGGGAGUGAUACAACGAUGGUUAGUGUACUUACUGCAUGUGGCAGGUCUGCUAGGCUGAAGGAAGGCAAGUCUGUUCAUGGGUCUCUCAUAAGAAACUUAUUUAGAUUGAGCUUGAUUCUUGGCACCGCUUUGAUAGAUAUGUACUGUAAAUCUCAAAAGGUGGAAUACGCACAAAGAUUGUUCGACGGAAUGUCGGAGAGGAAUUUAGUUUGCUGGAAUGCAAUGAUCUUGGGACAUUGCAUUAAUGGAUGUCCACAAGAUGGACUUAAUUUGUUUGUAGAUAUGGUAGGAAGGUUGGACUUGGAAGAUGAGCCAAGUGAAUGUAUUAAGACAAAGAACUCAUGGACGGAAGGACAUCGAGUUCUGCCGGAUGAAGUUACUUUUGUUGGUAUCUUGUGCGCUUGCACUCGUGCUGGAUUGUUGUCAGUGGGGAGAAAUUUAUUUUACAAAAUGAUCAACGUAUAUAGAAUAAAACCCAAAUUUGCACACUACUGGUGCAUGGCUCAUCUCUAUUUUAGUGUUGGACUCAUUCAUGAGGCUGAAGAAAUUUUGUGUACCAUCCCAAUGGAGGACAAUGGAGAGGAUUCUUUGAAUUCAUUGUUGUUGAGUGGGUUGCUUGGGUUAUGCCGGUUCCAGGGAGAUGUGGAGGUGGGAGAGCGAAUUGCAAAUCGGUUGAUUGAACUAGAGCCUCAUAAUCCAUCUCGAUAUGCCUUGUUGUUGAAUGUGUAUGCCGCAGCUAGUCAAUGGGAAGAUGUUGCCAAGGUGAAGGAACUGGCAACACAAAGAGGCUUGAAAAGAAUUCCCGGUUGUAGUCUUCGUGACUUGAAUGAAAUCGUUCACAAAUUCAAAGUGGGAGACAAAUUACAACCAGGCAUGGCAGAGGUCUGCUCUAUGAUGGAUGAAAUGGUGCAACAACUAAGGACGUCGAGCACUGGUUUUCUUACACAGCUGUAG